UCCAGAAAUACUUUACCAAAAAUUUGAUUUUAUUAGAUUUGUUGAAUUAGUUGUUUGAAUAACGGCGGUGACCGGUGACUCAUCAUCGAUGACGGCAGCGUUCUAAUAGAAGCUGAAGUCAUGAUGGGCACUCCAGAAUAACCGCGAAAUCUCUAGGAACACGUGGUCGUUUAAAUAGGAACUACAGCCUACUAGUUUUUAUAGAGCCCAGAAUGCAGUCGUGUAAAUUUGUACUACUGUGAAAUAAAUAAUCGUUUUCGCCAACUUUUCUAAGGAUGAGUCCUUCUCAGUCCACGUGUGCACUAUAUUUGUUGUCCUUUUCUAAUAAUUCUUAGUAUAUUUAGUAUGAAAAUUACCCGUAAAAGAACAACUGAUUUUGGAAGGUCAGGCAUUGACAGCUUCAUAAAAAGCGCAUGAUAUAUUUCUUUCCGAACUUUAUCUAUUUCUCGACCUUAACACUGAACGUAGUAAUUAAUAAAAAUAGGCAACAAGGUGAAUGUGCGUAAAGUUUCCUAAUUAUACAUUCGAGCAUUUUGAAUGCCCUCUCAAUAAACUAACAAUAUCAACGUAGCUUAGUUUAAUUCAGUAAGACACAGACCCAAGAAGAGACCAGUGUUCCUAAAAAUGGGAUCUACAGACUUACUAGAAGUCGAUGAGGAUGUUUUAGGACUCGUUGUCAAAUUGUUGAAUUAUUCUUCUAUGGAUUCGUUUAAUGAAGAUGUUAGAAAAAUUAAAAAAUGGAUUAAGAAACAACCGCAUCUUCCAGAAGUGAUGGCUGACAAGAAAAUCGAAAACUUUCUCAUUUUAAACAAAGGCAGCGUCGAAAAAAGCAAGGAAAAAAUAGAAAACUAUUAUGCUGUAAGAUCUCAAUUGCCCGAAGUAUUUGAUAAAAUUCAUCCGAAACUCUCUUACAUGGAAAAUGUCAAGGCAUCGGUCUUCUAUGUUCCUCUCCCAAAGCUAACAAAGGAACAUUACAGAGUCUGUUUUUAUAAAACACGUGAUAUACAUUUAGCUGAAAAUGUAGAGAUGAUCAAUUUUGUUCGUUUGGUGGUGAACAUACAAGAAAUUCGUAUGAUCGAAGAUGUUACUUACGGAGAUAUGUUUGUAUUUGAUGGUAAAGAUGUGACUCUACGAUUUAUGCUCAAGGCAACACCGAUGAUCCUUUAUAAAAUGUUGACUGUUAUAUACAAGCAAGUUUUCUCAAAUCGACUAAAAGCUGUUUACAUUAUCAAUGCUCCCCCUUAUACAGAAAAGCUUAUUGAUAUUCUUAAGAGCAUCCUAAUUCCUAAACUAAUGGAACGAAUACAUAUUUGUGAAAAUUCGGAUAUUUUAUUUGAAAAAAUCGGAAAAGAAGUUCUGCCCGUAGAUUAUGGAGGCGAAGAAAAGUCUCUAAAAGAACUGCAAGAAAUGCUUUAUCAAAAAUUUAAUGAUAGUGAAGAUUAUUUUACCCAACUAGAUACACUUCGCAUAAAUGAUGAUUUGAAACCUCAAAAGCUUAAAAAUGAUGAAAUGUUUGGACUGUCUGGUAAUUUUAAGAAAUUAGAAAUUGAUUGAUAUUUAUUUUAGUGUAUAUUUUGUGUAGCACUUGUGUGCAGCUAGUUCGUCUACUUAUUUUUUUA